AUGAAGAGCCACACGAAGCGGCGCCAAGAAGAAGGCGACCGGAUUGUGGACAAGUUUCGCCAGUAUGGAAUCUGGAUCGUGGCCGCCCUGGUCCUUGUCCCGUUCCAGCUCCUGUUGCUGGUAGCGGCAGCGGUGGGAUUCGUGUACAUUUGCAUCAUAGGGGCCCGGAAGCUGAGCAUACGGCUCCGCGGCGGGAAAUGA